UUGGAUGACCUUUUAUGAAUCAAUCCCUUUUUUGCAUAUCGAAGUUGUUGCAGGGUUUGCCAAGGUCGCUUUCUUUAUUGCUUUUGAACGGCGAGAGCUUUUCUGCGUCGCUAGUCUCGAGACUUUGGCAAUCUGCAGCGUUUACUGUCUGUGCAGACGGGGGUAGCAACAGGUUGUUUGACUGCUUUGGAACCGAUCAACGAGAUCGUUUUGUUCCCAACGUCAUAAAGGGUGAUUUUGACUCUAUACGGCCAGAAGUUAUCAAAUACUAUGCGUCAAAGAAAGUUAAUAUUAUUCAGAAUUCUAACCAAUUUUACAACGAUUUUGAAAAGUGCUUAGGUUCUAUUGAACCUAAUAUCGAAGAUUUACCCACCGUUGUACUUGGUGGCAUAGGUGGUCGCAUGGAUCAACAGCUUGCGAAUAUUCAUAUUCUACAUAAAUUUUUACCUAGAAAGAUCUAUUUGCUAUCGUUGGAUCAAGUCAUGUGGUUGCUUCCUGGAGGAAAACAUUGCAUUGUAUGUUCGAAAGACAUAGAAGGACCUUUGUGUGGCUUGAUACCUAUUGGCUCCAUCUGUCGUGAGGCGACAACUACAGGGCUUCGUUGGAAUCUAGAUCAUCAACCAUUAUCAUUUGGUUCCUUUAUUAGUAGUUCUAACGAGAUAGUAGAUAGUUUUGUGGAAAUUGAGACAAGUGAUACGCUAUUAUGGUGGUCCGAAUUGAAACUGAGGAAUAUAUUGUAGACAACAAAUUCAAUAGGUAAUCGAUGAUUUACGA